UAUUUUCAGUCUUAACGUGACUCUCGCGCGAACGUGACACACGCAGUGCAAUACCAGAAACGGGAAAAACAAAUUACUUACAAGUUUAAGUACAAAAACACACGGUUUUAUACUUGGAUUUUUUUCGUUUAGUCAUAAACUGUGCUUGAAAUUAUUGCAUUUUCGUUUCAAGUUCCAACACAAGCAACGCUCAACCAUGAAUGGAUAUUGGAAGUAUAACAAACUGUAUUGUGUCGUAACAACUUUAGUAAUUUUAUGUCUACAAGUGUUCAACGUACAAGCGGGUAUUUCGUCGAUAUUGCUUAAUAUUGAAUCGGGUUUAAUGCCAACAAAACAACCUUCGACGGAAAUAAGUAAUACUGUUACGGAUGUCCCCGCGAUGGCUCGAAUAUUUUAUUCAGCGAUUGGCGACUUGGUAGAAGCCGUACCGAUAUUCCCAAUCACUUUCAACGUUCCUGACAUGGUGACCGCCUUUGGAGGGCUUCUUUCUGGAAUGGUUGGCUACAUAACAGGCAGUCAAGGUAGCGGUGACUCAGAGCCCAAAGACGUUUUGGGACUCAUGGCCAAUCUCUACCGAACUAUUGCCAUACAAGAGGACCUGCACGACAUUGAGUUUUUGACGUAGACUCGACUUAAAAA